GCUGCCGGGACGGAGAGAGGAGCCACAAAAACAACGUCGACAUCAAGCAGAGCGGCGGGGUAGGGACAGUCCACCAUCAUGUAGACCAACGUCACGGCGAGCUGUCGUGCGCUCUUAACGAAACGAGCCCAUGCGGAAGGUGCAUUGAUCGUCUUUUUAGAUUCUCCUCCCCCCCCCGCCGCCUUUGGUUUGGAAGAAGGGGGAGAGACAUGAAGGAGUUGAAGGGCUGCGGUAUGCGCUCCGCCGUGGGCUUUCUGUCCCGGCGAAGGCUCACCGGACAGCCGCUCAUGAAGGAGGAAUUCCAGAGGCGCAGGCUGGCCGGCUGCGCCAGCCUUUACAAGAGGGACAUGCUCGGGCAUUUCGGCUGUGUCAACGCCAUCGAGUUCUCCAACAACGGGGGGGAAUGGCUUGUGUCUGGAGGAGAUGACCGCAGGGUGCUUCUUUGGCACAUGGAAAAAGCCAUCCAUGCUCGCUCCAAGCCUGUGAAGCUGAAGGGGGAGCAUCUGUCCAACAUCUUCUGCCUUGCCUUUGACAGUACCAACAAGAAGGUCUUCUCUGGUGGUAAUGAUGAACAGGUGAUUCUCCAUGAUGUUGAGAGAGGAGAAACCCUGAACGUGUUCCUGCACAUUGAUGCCGUCUACAGCCUGUCUGUCAGCCCUGUGAAUGACAAUGUGUUCGCCAGCUCAUCUGACGAUGGACGCGUGCUCAUCUGGGACACCCGCGAGCCACCACACGGAGAGCCGUUCUGCCUGGCCAUCUAUCCCUCAGCCUUCCACAGCGUCAUGUUUAACCCAGUGGAGCCCAGGCUGCUGGCCACCGCCAACUCCAAGGAGGGUGUGGGUUUGUGGGACAUCCGCAAGCCGCGCAGCGCCCUGCUGCGUUACGGCGGCAGCAUGUCCCUGCAGAGUGCCAUGAGCGUCCGGUUUAACAGCACAGGCACACAGCUGCUGGCCUUGCGUCGCCGGCUGCCCCCUGUCCUGUAUGAGCUCCACUCCCGCCUCCCCAGUUUCCAGUUCGACAACCAGGGCUACUUCAACUCCUGCACCAUGAAGAGUUGCUGCUUCGCUGGGGACAAGGACCAGUACAUCUUGUCUGGAUCGGACGAUUUUAACCUGUACAUGUGGAAAAUCCCCAAAGAUCCAGAGGCGGGAGGCCCGGGUCGUGUGGUGAAUGGGGCAUUCAUGGUUCUGAAGGGUCACCGCUCUAUCGUCAACCAGGUCCGCUUCAACCCUCACACCUACAUGAUCUGUUCGUCCGGCGUGGAGAAGGUCAUCAAGGUAUGGAGUCCGUACCAGCAGCCUGACAGCCUGGGAGACCUGGAGGGCCGGGUGGAGGACAGGUCUCGGAGCCUGUACACCCAUGAGGAGUACAUCAGCCUAGUGUUGAACAGCGGCAGCGGCCUGUCCCACGACUAUGUAAGCCAGUCCAUCCAGGAAGACCCGCGAAUGAUGGCCUUCUUCGACUCACUGGUCCGCCGGGAGAUCGAAGGCUGGAGCUCCGAUUCUGACAGUGACCUGAGCGAGGGCGCCAUCCUGCAGCUGCAUGCCAGAGGGCGGCGUUCCAACCGCACCGCUCCAAUACCGCCGACUGCUGGAGGAGGAGAAGGGGGGGCUAGAGGCAGAGCCUCGUCAGCCACUGGUCACAACAGCGACUCUGAUCACUCAUCGUCCUCCUCAUCAUUGGCUGGACCUGACACCUCAGGAGUCGAGGAGCAAGCUGGGGUGGGGGGGGAGGGCCAGGGCCGGCCAAGGAGGCGGGCCCAGCAACUGCGGCACCAGUCGGGCUUCCUGCUGGACCUGGUGAACGAGGACUCGGACUCGAGUGAGUUCUGGCUUGACCCCAUGCCCCGGCCACACUCUCCCAGCCCCAGGGACAACUCCACCCUGUCCAGCCCCACCUCUUCACCAUCACUCCCCGCCGGUGCCUCCAGUUCAUCCUCCUCAUCCACCUCCAGCUCCAGCAGCGAUGCAGAGGAUAAUGGGCAACAGGGGGGCAAGCGCGGCACAGCGAGAAGGCGCCGCAUGCACGUGGUCUCCCGGGCGGGAGAACGGCCCGAGUCCGUGCAGGCACUGUUCUCCGCUGUCGACUCCUGCAGCUACCCUGAGAUCUCCAUUGAAGACCCCUCCUCUCCCUCCUCAUCCUCAUCCUCAUCAGGUCAGGAUGUAGUCCAAUCCGGACCCCGUGGCAGCAACCCGAAAGACGAGGACAAAUGCCUAAGCCCCUCUUAUUUUGUGUGUCACAGCCCAGUCAUGUCCCCGGAGAGCCAGGAGAAUGAGGAGGGCAGCGAAAGAGUAGAGCAGGGGGGAGACUCCACGGCCUCUCCCGCAUCAGCUGAUACCCCAAGGACAGAGUCCCGGGCCGGGGAGAGGGUUUUAGCUAGGGCUGCUGCAGCAGAGAGCUCCGACAGCAGAGAGGAUGGCAGAAGCUCGCUGGACCCAGACAGUAACUGUGCCUCCCUGAGCCAGCUUGGCCAAGGAGUGAACGGGCAGCACCAGACUGUGGCACCACACAGUGGGCAUGCCAGUCAGAAGCACCAUGGCUCCGAAGAGUACAUCAGAGAAACGGCUGUCACACCGGCAGACACCAGGCCCCUGAGGGAGGGGACACCGCUUCCGCAGGUCCCUGCCCACGGGGCUCUGAAACGGACUCACAUGGGGUCGGGAGAGGGGGAAGUGGUGUCCUUACCCACAGAGAAGAAGUUUAAAACAUGAGGACACUUCUGUGUUACUUGGCGAUUUGGUUUUUCUGUUUCUUCAGAGACUUGCGUUAGGACAGGUUUUCUAAAAGUGGGCUCGGAAGUCUCCAGGGGAUCUUUGAGAUGUCUAUAGGGGUUUCCCACGAAAUUUGGGGAAUGGUUUGACUGUAAUUUACUAAAUUUAUAGCAAUUAAAAAAUGGAUAAGAAAUGCAGUUCUUGGAUGUUAAUAAUGGAUAAGAAAUGCAGUUGAGAGGCUUCUCUCUCAACUGUUGUCUCCUUACCUACUAUCUAGAUUGUCAUAAUACUAAACCAACAAAAAAGUACUAAUUUGUAUCAAGUGGUUGUCCAUUCCUUAUUUUGUGUCUCAUCCCCCAAGACAACAAAGCUGUUGUGAACCUCUGCUUUAGAAUGUUAGUUCUCUAUUACUUUGGCAGUUUUGCUUUUUUUUGGUUUGGGGUCUUGGUUAAAAAGGGGUUUCAGACAGUUGGACACACAAACACUCAAAUGCGGAGCUGCAGAGGAAGUUACAUAUCCGAGCAGCGUGUGAGACUUUUUAUUUUAGAACAAAUUGAUUGGAUAUUGUCAUCAAUCGAGGUCAAGCCACGGAUAACAAUAAUUUCUUUUGGUGGGGUCUGCGAAAAAAGGUAAAUAAGCUAGCUUUGGUGCAGGCAAAGUAUAUUGGCUCGUCAUUCAUUUUCAUAAUGCGUAAAUUCUUGGCUCGGAGGCUGUGGGUGGUGCAGAAAUUCCUACACGGGAUUUGGAGUCACUCUAGCCGAAAACCAAGGGAAAAAGUGUUAAUGGAGGACGUGAGACUGGCAGGGUUUAGUUUCCUCAACGUUGGAGUGUAGAGUAUCUGAUUUGACUCAUUUUUGUUUCAUUUAUUAUUUUCUUUCACAGUUGACACUGCUUCAGUGUGCCUGAAGAAUCGGUUGUCUCCAUUGUGAUUCUUGGAAGCGCCAUCUGUUUAAAAUGUGCAUCGGUGUUCUGUUUUCAUUGUCUUUACAGUUGUAUUUUGUGUGUCUUUGUCCAGAUUCUGGGUACCGUUACAAGCCAGUGCCCCCUUUGGGUUUUUUCUUUUGCAAUUAAAGCAGCAUAGAAAAACUACUGUUUAUUGCUGGGCCUCGGCGCUCCUUCCUAAUUAGCUCUGAUUUGCACAGGGUAUAUAUAGACCGAUGCUUAUUUAGGACAUGCAUUCUUGUUUUUGAAGCCACGGAUCUUGAAAUAAUUGUUAAUGAGGACUGUGGUCCUCCACACCACAAAUUGUUAUGCCCGCGCAUGCACGGUUGCCACGGCAACACAGCUUCAGCUCUCCUGUGAAAGGAAACUGAAGUAGAUUCGGCUCUCCGUGAUCCUGAACAGCCGUUCCCAGCCAAAGAUAUAAAACCCCCAUGACUUCAGUGCUUUCAUUCUGAAAAGAUUUGAUAAACAAACAGCUGCCGGGCCUGUCAAAAUGUAAGUUAUCGGGCAUCCGGGUGGCGUAGCGGUCUAUUCUGCUGCCUACCAACACGGGGAUUAUCGGUUUGAAUCCCCGGGUUACCUCAAGCUUGGUCCGGCGUCCCUACAGACACAAUUGGCCGUGUCUGCGGGUGAGAGGUCAGAUGUGGGUAUGUGUCCUGGUCGCUGCACUAGCGCCUCCUCUGGUCAGUCGGGGCGCCUGUUCGGGGGGGGAAUAGCGUGAUCCUCCCAUGCGCCACGUCCCCCCUGGUGAAACUCCUCACUGUCAGGGGAAAAGAAGCAGCUGGUGACUCCACAUGUACGGGAGGAGGCAUGUGGUAGUCUGCAGCCCUCCCCGGAUCGGCAGAGGGGGCGGAGCAGCCACCGGGUCGGCUUGGAAGUGUGGGGUAAUUGGCCAGGUACAAUUGGGGAGAAAAGGGGGGGGGUAAGUUAUUAAGCAUGUGAAUGGUGUAAUUAGUGUCUUUAAAGCACUAUUGCAUCACUGGAGUUGUAUAAAAACAUCACUGUCCAAAAUGUUGACUUGUCAAAACUGAACGAAGAAACAUAUCCCUGGUUUGACACAUUGACACCUGUGUACUUUGGAUUACACAAUAGUUUUGUUGCUCUGUGGUUUGUGUAACUUGCUAAGCCCAGAGAUAAGUGUGUACAUGUUCAGUAAAGGUCGAAAAGUGAAA